UAGGAAGGAGUUCUUCCUUAGUUUCAGAUGAGGACAGUGCACAUGCUAGCAGUGGGUUUCAUAGAGGUAGUUCUUCGCGGUCACACAAGGAUCAUGCUGAGGCUUUAAAGGUGCACCGUGUGAAGAAUGCAAACAGGAGCUACAAGCCAGUUGCCAAUGAACUAAUGAUCACUUUCACUAGGUGGACAACUGUUGAGGAGUGCAUUGAAGUUCCUAUUGAUUUCCCUACUGUGGUUUUCUCCCUGACACCUUUCGAUGAUGUUGCUAAGUUUGUGGACAAUAAUGAUUUUUUUAUUGAUGUUAUGGGUGUCAUUACUGACAUAUCUACACCCACAAUGCUUCGUCCUAGAUCAAGGGAUGCUGACAGCUUGAAAAGAACUAUUCAGAUACGCGAUGCAAACAAUUCUACCUUGAAUGUGUCUCUCUGGGCUGAACAAGCAUCUGCGUUUGAGGCUGACGCUAUACACAAGGCUGGUAAGAGUGAACCUCAGAUUAUUCUGUUUGUUGGAACUCUUGCGAAGAACUACCCAGGCAUAGGAUUGGCACUAUCUGGAGGUUCUGCUUGCAAAUGGUACAUUAACAUUGAUGUACCUGCGAUAGUUGAAUUAAAGGACAAGACUGGGACAAACUUCCAGCCAAUCAAUUGGAUUGAGGCUCCAGCCAGAGCAGCUGUUGAGGAAGUCGCUGAGAACAAGACUGUGCGUGAACUUCUAGAGAUCAAUCCUCACAAGUGCAAGAAGGUUCGAUUUCAAGCUCAUGUAACCGUUCGAAGGAUCUGCAAUGAUAAGUGUUGGUGGUAUGGUUCAUGUCAAAGAUGCUUCAAGGUUGCAAAACCUUAUGGGUCCACCUAUAAAUGCACUAGCUGUUCCAACAUCGCAGUGGCAGUACCAAGGUACAGGAUAGUAGUCAUAGCUGGAGAUGACUCUGAUGAUGCUAUGUUUGUUCUCUUUGGAUGAACAGCCCAGCGCAUUGUGCGAAGGCCAGUUGAAGCUCUUAUUGAGGAAGCACCAGCUGACAGUGAUUUUAUCCCUGAUGAAAUAACGGCUUUAGUUGGGAAGUCGUUUGUGUGGAAUGUCAGCUUCACAGAAAAUACGCUUAAGUUUGGGGAUAUCUCAUUCCAGGUCAACAGCAUUGUCUCCAUUGAUGCUCCUGGUGAACCUCUUAUGUUGAUGUCCCCAGGUGCUUCCCAGAGUUCUUCAGCCAUGAUUUCACCUGGACCAAGUGGCUCAUUGAUGUCACCAUCAAGGGGAAGUGAACUUGGCAUAGCUUCACCCGGUUCAACUGCAGCCAGCUCUCCACUGCCAAGGCGUGUUAUUACCACGGACAAAAGCCAAGUUGUGCACACACCAACCAGCAAGUGCUCUGUCAGCAUAGAUCAGGAUGACAUUUCUGCUGCUUUUUCUCCACCAAUGUCCCAGAAAGUGCAAGCUCCAGCUAUUCCUGAUGAUGAUACACUACUGGCUCAUGCAUCUGGCUCAAAGAGCAAGUCUAGGAAGAGAGGUCCUCCUUCUCAAGCACCACCAGCAGUUAAGAAACUAUUCAAGGAAGGUGACAGCGAUGAGAAAGAAACCACUGUUAGCCUGUCAGCUGACGCUUGAUCCAGUAUACAUGCAUGCCCACUCAAGCAUUUUGGCCACCAAGUUGUAGCAUCUUCGUCUGCCUGAACCGAAGCGCAUGGAAGAAUGCUGUCUUUGCCAUAUGUCUGAACCUUUUGCUAUAAACUGUUGAUCUCCAGCUAUUACUUCUUAGUGACUUUCGAAAUUAUUGUUCCCAUCUCUUUUGGAACCAUCUUUAGCAAUGUUUGUAAGCUUAUUAUGGUUACAUUAGCUAUAGUCCAACCACGUGCUCAAAGUCCAUUACAGUUGCCAAUAUGUCAGUACGGCAAUGGACUUUGAACAGUUGGCAUUGGCUUAGCUCCAUGAUACCUUCUCAGGUUUCGCUUAGUAAUGUUAGACCAAUCUUAAGACUCAUCCAUGUUUCUUGA